UUCUUGGUCGUGGAGAAUAAAACCAAUGAGGAAUAUGUCAGGAUGCUAUGGGAAUUUGGAAAUAUUACUGGCUCAGGAAGCUGGCAAAAGAUCACAUUGUCAUUGCCUGAUGUGUCUGACAGGUUCUGGUUACAGCUGAACACUGCAUGGACUGAAGAAUCAAGUGCAGUCAUUGCACUGGAUAAUGUGACACUCAGCCUUGACUGUUAUCUAACAAGUAGUGCAGACAACGCAUCCAGAAAUGAUUCUGCCAGUCCAAGCCAGCAUCUGUUAGGGCAAGCCUUUAUAAACAAAACUGUUGUGGCAGCCAGCAAGAAGAUGCAUGAAGCAGCUACAGUCAGUGGGUCAACAGGUCCAUGGAUCAUUACAACAUGUGGUGCCAGUGGGCCCAAAGGGCCAACACAAGCUCAAUGCAAUAAUGCUUACCGGAAUACAAAUACAUCUGUAGUGGUUGUGGCCGAAGGACGUUGGCAAGGAAUCCAGAAGUGGAGAGUGCCAUCAUCUGACACAUAUAAGAUAUCUGCUUAUGGAGCUGCUGGAGGCAUGGGGGGAAAGAGCAACUUCUGGAGAUUCCGUGGUGUGCUGGUACAAGCCACGUUCUACCUGGAGAAAGAUGUUAUUCUGUAUAUACUGGUUGGACAGCAGGGAGAAGAUGCCUGCCCCAGUGCAAAUCCCAUUAUCCAGAGCGUUUGCUUAGGAGAGAAUAACGUGAUAGAAGAGGAGAUGAAAAGGAACGGUAAUGUCACUGAAUGGGCUGGAGGUGGUGGAGGAGGAGGAGGAGCAACAUUUAUUUUCAAGAUGGACAAGGGAAAACCAGUCCCACUAGUGAUAGCAGCAGGUGGAGGAGGCAAAGCCUAUCUGAGUAAGGAUUCCAGUUUCCCUGAAGAGAUGUUAGAAACUGAUUCUUCUGUUCCUGGAGUGAAUGGCAGAUCAGGUGCUGCGGGAGGUGGUGGAGGGUGGAGUGAUUCCACUAACCCAAUGUGGUCGGGCAAAUCUCUGACUGAAGGUGGUGAAGGUGGACAACCCUGUCCACAGGCCAUUAAGAAAUGGGGCUGGCUAACAAGAGGAGGCUUUGGAGGAGGAGGAGGGGCUUGCACAGCAGGAGGAGGUGGUGGAGGCUAUAUAGGUGGAAAUGCGUCUGAGGGUAAUCAUCCAGAAAAAGAUGGUGCCUGUGGUGUUUCUUACAUUAGUCCAUUUGGCGAAUUGUACACACCAGCACUGGCAGUGACAGAAAGCCACGGGGAGGUUGAAAUUGUGCUGCAUUUAAAUUGCACCCACUGUGAACAUAAUGAAUGUAUAUUUGACUAUAUCAAAGAAGAACUUGUCUGCAUGUGCGAAUCAGGAAAAAUUCUGGCUUCAGACAGUGUUACCUGCAUUUUUCCUCCGGACAAUCACCUGCCAUUUUCUCUUGUGCUUUCUGUUGUGUUGUCGGUCGUGGUAGCUGCUCUGCUGCUUGCCUUCUCAGGAAUCAUGAUCGUGUACCGACUCAAGCACCAAGAGCUGCAAGCCAUGCAGAUGGAACUGCAGAGUCCUGAUUACAAGCUCAGCAAACUGCGAACUUCCACCAUCAUGACUGACUACAAUCCAAACUACUGCUUUGCUGGGAAAACUACUUCCAUCAGCGAUCUCAAGGAGGUUCCCCGGAAAAACAUACUGCUCAUUCGUGGCCUGGGCCAUGGAGCCUUCGGUGAAGUAUAUGAAGGCCAGGUUACAGGGAUUCCAGGUGAACCCAACCCUCUGCAGGUUGCUGUCAAGACAUUGCCUGAAGUUUGCUCUGAGCAGGAUGAGCUGGAUUUCUUGAUGGAAGCACUGAUAAUCAGUAAGUUCUGCCAUCAAAACAUUGUGCGAUGUAUAGGAGUCAGCCUGCAGGCUCUCCCUCGCUUCAUUCUGCUGGAGCUGAUGACAGGGGGAGACAUGAAAUCCUUCCUUCGAGAAUACCGACCUAAACCAGGGCAGCCAUCAACUCUCAGCAUGCUAGACUUGCUGAAUGUGGCUCGUGACAUUGCUCGGGGCUGCCAGUAUUUGGAGGAAAACCACUUCAUUCAUCGGGAUAUAGCUGCAAGAAACUGCCUGCUUACUUUCAAGGGUUCAGGAAGAGUGGCUAAGAUUGGAGAUUUUGGAAUGGCUCGUGAUAUAUACAGGGCUAGUUAUUACAGGAAGGGGGGCCGUGCCAUGCUCCCAGUGAAGUGGAUGCCACCAGAAGCCUUCAUGGAAGGAAUAUUUACCUCAAAAACCGACACCUGGUCCUUCGGAGUGUUACUGUGGGAAAUCUUUUCACUCGGGUAUAUGCCAUAUCCCAGUAAGAGUAACCAAGAAGUGCUGGAGUUUGUCACUAAUGGCGGCCGAAUGGACCCACCUAAAAACUGCCCUGGUCCAGUGUACCGAAUAAUGACUCAGUGUUGGCAGCAUCAGCCAGAAGACAGACCCAACUUUGCAACUAUAUUGGAAAGGAUAGAUUAUUGUACACAGGAUCCAGAUGUAAUUAAUACUUCUUUGCCUGUGGAAUAUGGACCUGCUGCAGAAGAAGAAGGAAACGUACCUGUACGCCCAGAUGACCCUGAUGCAUUGGCACCACUUCUCGUUUCACCAGCCCAAGAAGCAGAGAAUGAGCACGUCUCUACUGAUCCUUCCUCACCACCCCAGCGUCCAACCAGCCUCUGCCUCGGUGACCAUCGGAUCAGAUUUGUUCCAAGUGACACUGCCACUGUACAUACUGGAGGUUCAGCUGAGGAGGGGCCUCGCAUCGCCAAGGCGUACUCCAAAAUGAACAGCUCUGCUGCGUUACAACAAGGUAGAGGGUCCCGCAAAAAACCCACCAACCUCUGGAACCCCACAUAUGGGUCAUGGUUCACAGAAAAGCCUGCUGUGCAAAGCAACAACACUUUGACUGAGAACCGACCACCAGAGAGAGAAGACUCCAGUUUUUGUGCCAGCAGCAGCAUUUCUUCUGCUCCCAUCCCAGCACCAAGGCUGCAGGCUUCUGCAGUUGUGCUAGAACCUUCUUCCCUUGUUGCCAAUACAUUGGAUGUGCCUCUGUUCCGGCUGCACCAGUUCCCCUGUGGGAAUGUGAGUUAUGCAUACCAACAGCAGCAGAACCACCAGCAAGGACUGUCUUCUGAAGCUACAUCUGCUUGUGCUUCCUGUAAGGAAGGCUACAACUCGCACGUUAGUAAGGGCUUACCUGCCCAACAGGACCCACGUGUUCACCCUGUUGCCAAUAUACCCACUUGGGACUCGGGACUCUCUCUUGCAGAGGACGUAAAUGUUACUAUACUGUAAAGGAGAUAAAGAUGGUUUUAUUUAGGCAAGUCUUACACCAAAUAGAAGCAGCAACAAGUACCAUUUGGCUCACAGGACUAGCACAGGUUCUUGUUUUAAAUUCCAAAAUAAAAUGCAAGACACAUUUGGAUAUGAAACAAGCUCCAAUGCAGCUCAUGCAUUUGAAGGUACCAAGCUUGUGUACUAGCAAAUUUGUGCUGAAGUUAUAGCUAUAAGAGACUCUUUGGCACCUGCUGAAUUAAUUUAUAUGACUUUUGAACUAAAAUAGUGUUUUUAAGUAAAGUUGCACAACAAGCUAAACCCGAAACACUGAAUUCUUCAUCCUUUUAUAUUUGCUGGCUUUCAUUUCUCUGCUUACCACCAACUCUCAGCAGCUGCAACAUCUAAGGAAGGAAAUGAUCAGGCGUUAAAUCUAUGAGGGGCACUGUGAUCUCAAAAUGAAGAAAAUGCUUUUAUUUAUAGGGUACCUUUCAUAAUCACAACAUCUCAAAGUACUUAACGGCAAUUUUGAAGGGUGGCUACUUUAACAAUGGACCAAAGCCAAUAUGAAAGGUUCUUCAUGCAAAAUAUGAGGGAGAACAGAGAUUUAGCACUCUCCAUGUAAUGUCAGGACCACAAUCAUGGUUGAUAUUUGCUCUUGAUCAAUCAGCAGAAACAAUGGAUGGAUGCUUAAUCUGCACACAAAUGACAGGCACCCUCACAAUACACUAGAGGUGAAAGCAAGAUGUCCACUCGGCCCAAGGUGCUACUUCUCCCCAGGAAAGCAGUAAGCAUUUCACCUCAGCUCAGGUUGUAAGUGAGUGCAUGUAAGUUUAAAAUAAAAAUGACUUUUAUCUUCAGGGGUUUAUGCUUUUUUUUUCUGAUUCAGACCUCUAAGAUAGUUCCAUAAGUACUGAAAACCAAGUUACUACAAAUCAGCAGACUAUGAAUACAAGUUUUCUGUGAGUUUGGGGUUGUAGCAACUGCCUGAAUGUGGAUAUCACCACUUUGUUCCCAGUCCUAACUCUCUAUAUUUCACUGGACUGAAAGGGAUGAAUGGAGAUUCAGACCAGGAUUGUAGGGGAACUAAGACACUAGCCCUAUCUCUGGUCCAAAUCCGGGCCUAAUUUCUGCACAACUAUUAUGUUAAAUGUGUAUUAGAAUGGUUAAGAAACUUCAUUCCAAUAUGACAAACAAGCAAAAGCUACUUGCCCAAACUGUUACCAAAAUGACCCCUAUUUAAGAUCAUGUUUGUUAACUUAUUCAUCUUUUCAAAACAAAUUAAUUUCCCAAUAAUACCUACUAAGCUAAGAAUUCUUCCAGUUCCCUACAAAUUGCUCAACUAUAGUACUGGUUUGCACAAAUCAACCAUUGUAACAGACGUAUUUAUAAACGAAAAUAAAAGCAGAAAAUACACAAAAUAUUCAGCGAGAUCAGUCAGCAUCUGUGGAGAGAGAAAAGAAGUUAAUGAAGUGGAACGUCAUUAACCUGAAACUUUUUUUCUCUCUCAGCACAGAUUUGCUGUGUACACUUGCAUUUUUGGAUGUAUUUCCAAUUUCUAACAGAACUGGUUUAAUUUUUUUUUAUAAACUAAUUUUGACUUGCACUUCGUUUAUGGUGGAAUGUAAUCUCUGAAUUAAAUUGCUGCUAAUUAGCCUAUCAUAAAGUACUUUGUACAUUAAUAUAACGUUAUUACAGUUAUUUGUAUUGUUUCAGCAAGCACAGAACCUUGGAUUUGACUAGGUCACAAUUCUUAAUUAUUACAAUAUGGAAAGGUGACUGAUCCUCCUUUACAUCCUUUUACUAUAUUUACAUACAAGCAAAAUCAUUGUAAAGAUAUUUCAUUUUUACUCUUCAUCUUUGUGCUGCAUAAUACCCUACA